AUGGCCUCUCAGGCUUCUCCGUGGCUUGGGGUGCCCCCGCACCGUCUGUGGGCCGUGAGGCCUGGCAUCUACGAGGACGAGAAGGGGAGGACCUGGGUAACCGUGGUCGUGCGGCUCAGUCCCUCCCAGAGAGCUCGGGCCAGGGGGUCCCCGGGCAGCACACAUGAACCCAGCAUCACAGUGCACCUGUGGCUGAUGCCAGUGCACCCCCAGAAGCCCAUGUCCCCCAGUCAGCUGACCCUCUCCCAGCUGCCCCUCACGUGGCAGCUCUACCCUGGAAGAAGGUACAGAGCAAUGGACUCCAGGCUCUGGGAAGUGGUGGACCAUGGCCAGAUUGCCUCCACAGAGCAGCUGAUCCUGGCACAGCUGCCCCCCAGGGAGUGA